AUGAAUACCAUUCAGGCUGAGGUGCGGGGGGUAGAGGAGGUGUCUGACUCCCCGUCACUGGAGGUCAGGCUGACAGCUGCUGAGGGUCUCUUAGAAGAGGAGAGAGUCCUGGUGUCUGAGCUGAGAGCUACACUAGAGAAACAGAGCGCCAUGCUGCAGAGGCUGAGCGUACAGAGAAAAGGAUUAUUCACAGCACCAGUGAGAGGAGUAUACUUCUUCACUUUCUACAGCCAUGCAGGGGAUGAAUGGAUAAUAGUGUGUGCCUUCUUCAAAAAUGGACAAAGAGUGGUCACUGCUAUGGAUCAUUCCAGUAUAGUGGACAUUGCUGACACAGUGGCGAAUGGAGCUACCUUUCAGCUGAACAGGGGAGAUCAGGUGUACAUGCGUCUUGCGGCCAACACACACAUCUUUGAUGAUUCACAACGCAAAAGUACAUUUAGUGGCUUCCUGCUUUUCACUGUGUGAGUCCCCUAUGAUCCAAGAUCAUUUGGUCACGAUAAU